AUGGCGAGCAAGCUCACUCCUCUCAUCCGCUCCGCCAUCCGGCCGGUGUGCCGGGCUGCCCGCCCUCAGUCUCGCGCCGCCUUCGCUCUCACAGCCAGCCGACGAAGCGACACUCUCAUGGUGCAUCGAAACACCGAGGACAACAACCCCGACAUCCCCUUCAAGUUCAACGAGAAGAACCAGACCGUCAUUGCCGAGAUCCUCAAGCGAUACCCUCCUCAGUACAAGAAGGCUGCUGUCAUGCCUUUGCUAGACCUCGGCCAGCGCCAGCACGGCUUCACCAGCAUCAGCGUCAUGAACGAGGUCGCCCGUCUUCUUGAGAUGCCUCCUAUGCGAGUGUACGAAGUUGCCUCUUUCUACACCAUGUACAACAGAACCCCCGUGGGCAAAUACUUUGUUCAAAUCUGCACUACGACACCUUGCCAACUUGGUGGUUGUGGAUCUGAUGUUAUCGUCAAGGCUAUUAAGGAGGAGCUCGGAAUUGAGCAGGGCCAGACCACUGCCGACGGUCUCUUCACCAUUCUCGAGGUCGAAUGUCUCGGUGCCUGCGUCAACGCUCCCAUGAUUCAGAUAAACGACGACUACUACGAGGAUCUCACCCCCGCCUCCGUGAAGGACCUCCUCAAGUCUCUUCGGGCCCAGGCUACUGCUUCCGAUCCCUCCACCGUCAACGUCCCCAAGCCUGGUCCUCUCAGCAGCCGAGACACAUGUGAGAACAGUGCUGGCCAAACAAGCCUUAACGCGGAACCUUGGGGAACCGAGACCACAAGGGCAGACCUGUAG